AUGCCGAGUCCUCGUGACCAGCAAACCGUCUUUUCACGAUUCUGUAUCAAGUUUGUGUUCAGCGAGCUGAGAUUUGUCCGGCCAAACACUUUACAGGCACCUCUGGCCUGCAUAGACCGGACGACACGGCGACAAAACCGAGGGCAGUCUGAUCCAGAAAGAGGUUGUCUCAGCCAACGUGUGCCCAAUCCCAGACCAAGUCGAAUCUUCUCUCCAGUUCAGUCGAGAUUGGAAUGGCUUUUUACAGUUCGAGCCCUUAAAAUUGUCAGAAUUAGACAAAAGCGCUUUGCAAAAGAGAGGAGCCUGAGUCGGUGUAAAUGGCUUGAGGAGAUGCAAGGACCGAGACGAGCUGCUUCUCAAUUUCACUUUGCCUCAUUUGCCAAACUGCUUUGCAGCAUCCCGAUUCGGGCGUACGGCUUCACCGCAACAGUGACUUUCUCUGGUCGUCAUGCUGGCGAGGGCUUGUCGGCCUGUGUGGUAGCAACAGGCGAGUCCAGUUGCCAUGGCGACAAGGGUCCCACUGUCAAUUGUGCCGGGGUGCGGGCGACAAGAGUCGGAAGCAACGUGUCAUUGGUGUUUCAACGACCGGUCCGAUAUGCUCGGUUUGGCUCGCCUCUCACACAUUCACACACACACACACACACAGACACACACACACACAUGAACACACUCACGCAUGCAUACACGUCGGCAUGGAGACAAGGAAAGCGGAACACCGAGGCACGGCCGGCAGUUGAGCAGAGUGGGCAGGCGGCGUUGUGGUCUUGCGCGAGAAUGGCAAAAUCCGCUUUCCACGCUUCACCCGUUGCCGUGUCGCCCGGCGACAGAUUCAGGAAAUGUGCGGCCUGCACAAAUGUACCCUCCACCGCGCACAACCCCCCCUCGGCCGGCCUCGGUCGCUUGCCGCGGCAGGUCGUCCGGUCGUUGUGGACAUGCGCGUCGGUCACCAACGCACCCAAUGCCGUCUCCUGCCUCCAAGGCUCCCCUCUCUUCGGCAUUGUUCAGGCAAUAACAAUAUUGCGAGCAACCCUUCGAGGCAGCCAGUCUCGGUUGGCCAACUCGGGAGUUUGCGCGAGCCUCGAGCCCUGCCGCAACGGAGCCACUUGCCAGGACCGGCUGGUCCUCGUCGACGACUCGAGGAGCCCGGCGCUCGCAGCUUCCUCGGACUAUCCUCCGUACCUGCCAGCGGAGUUGCGAGGCAAAGGUCGAGAGGCCGGCUACAUUUGUCGCUGCCGACACGGUUGGGCGGGAGUCAAUUGCACCGACAACGUGAACGACUGUCUCACGGAGCCCUGCAGACACGGCGGCGUCUGUGUCGAUCUGCCCGAGGCCAGGUACAAAUGUAUCUGCCCGCAGCACUUUCUCGGUAGGCCAUCACAGAAUGACCAAUUUCCUGUCGGAACUGGGCACUCACGACGCCCUCACAGACAGACAAGGCGUUCAGGAAGACCUGGAUGA